UUGUUUCGUGACUUUCUUUUUUCUCAGGAUUCACAUUUUCUAUUUUUCUUUGCUUUGAUUACUAUGUAUUUGACAAUUGUUCUUCAUUUCUAUUAAAUGAUUUCACGUGGAGGAAUAAUUGGUCAAGUCAUUAAACGACAUUUAUUCACGUCCUAUUCAAACAAAAUGGUCGACACAAACAUUUCUGGGAUGAGAAUUGAUUACGAUCCUGGUAAACAACUAGACACUGAGAAUCUUCCUGCAAUAAAUCCAAUCAGUUUGUUUGACAUUUGGUUUAAUGAGGCGAAGAAUUGUGAUAAAAUCGAGGAAGCAAAUGCAAUGACACUUGCAACCUGCACCAGAACUGGAAUACCAUCUGCCAGGAUAGUUCUUCUCAAAGGUUUUGGCAACAGAGGAUUUAUAUUUUAUACAAAUUACCAAAGCAGGAAAGGACAAGAGUUGGAAGAAAAUCCAAAUGCUGCACUUGUAUUUCACUGGCAGCCAUUACAUAAACAGAUUAGAAUUGAAGGUGAAGUGAGUAAAUUGAGUGAAGAGGAGUCAACAAAUUACUUUCAUUCUCGACCACUGGGUAGUCAGAUUGGUGCCUGUGUAAGUCACCAGAGUUUACCCAUACCAAACAGACAGGUGUUGGUUGAAAGAGAAGAAAAAUUAACGGAAAAGUUUGCAAAACAUGAAAAAAUUCCAAAACCUGAAUAUUGGGGAGGAUAUCUCGUUACUCCGAGGAUUAUUGAAUUUUGGCAAGGCCAAAUGAAUAGACUGCAUGAUAGGAUACAGUUCCGAAGAAACGAACUUUCAGAGAAUCAAUCUUUUGAGAAAAGCAAUUGCUGGAAGGAGGGUGAAGAUAGUUGGAUUUAUUCAAGAUUGUCUCCAUGACUUUAGGCAUGCAAUGAUUCAGAAUCGCAAGCUUGGCCCAUGAAUUUCUUCAUGUUUGAGACUAUAUAUGUAUGCAUAACUACAACCAUGUGCAAAAAACAAUAUUGGAAAGAACGAGUAGCGGUAUAUAUAUAUAUAUUCAAAUAUGAAAUAUUUAAAGACCAAAAGCGAAGAACUGAAGCGUCAAUAGCGCUAUAAAAGUAGAGCUUUAUAUUUUAAUUGAACUGGAUAAAAUAUACUAUUUCUUCACAUAUUAAUCAAUGAUUAUUCUC